AUGCUGUCUACCAUUCGAACACGCGCAUUACUGCUCCUUAGUACUGCCAUCGCAGUGGCUGCACAAACAGCUGAAGACUACAAGGUGACAACUGUGCCUGGGGUCGACGGUGCUAUCGCGUUGAACUUUAGUCAAUAUGCAGGACACAUUGAAAUCACCCCCGAAUCUCAUGGCAACCUUUUCUUUUGGUCAAUUCAACCUGAUGUCGAGACUGAGAAGCUGAUCAUUUGGCUUAAUGGUGGACCUGGAUGUUCAAGUAUGGAUGGUCUCUUUAUGGGAAACGGGCCGUAUCGUGUCAAUCGUGAUCUAUCCUUAAACGUCACUUCUACUGGAUGGCAAGAGCAUGCAACAAUGGUUUUUGUGGAUCAACCCGUCGGCACAGGCUACAGCUUGGUGGAUGACAAAGGAUAUGCGAAAAAUAUGGUCGAGGUCAUGGAUCAAUUCGUCACCUUUAUCGACAAGCUCUUUGAAGUCUUUCCGGAAUAUAAGGAGAAGGAGAUGUAUCUGGCAGGCGAAAGUUAUGCAGGAACCUAUGUGCCUUAUUUUGCAUCGCGUAUGCUUGAAUUGAAUCGGAAUGGGGACAAAAAGUAUCGAUUGCAAGGAAUAGCCAUUGGCAAUGGAUGGAUAUCACCGCAACAUCAGUAUGAUGCAUAUAUCGAUUUUGCCUAUGAGAAAGGAUUGGUGCCAGAAGAACACAAGCCAACCAUCGAUGUCGUCCACCGGAAUUGCAAAAAGCUGCUGCAGUAUUCCAAUACAAUCAAAGUUGACGAAUGCGAGAUGGUAUUAGAAAAGAUUGUGGAUGCGACGAUUUAUGAGCAAGAUGGAUCAAAAUACUGCAUCAACAUGUACGAUUCCCGCCUUACAUCUCUCGUGGACGAUGGCUGUGGUAUGGCCUGGCCUGUGGAUAUCGCUGAUGUCACCAAUUACAUGAGGACCUCCGAGGUUAUGUCGGCAGUACAUGUGGAAAAGUUCAAGGGUGGUUGGACAGAAUGUGGAUCAAAGGUUGGAUCGAGCUUGAAUGGUGAUAAGAGUAUAUCUUCGUAUGAUCUGCUUCCCAAGAUCUUGGAAGAAAUUCCCGUAUUGCUAUUUGGCGGUGACCAAGAUCUCAUUUGCAAUAUGCUGGGUAUCAACUAUUUGAUUGGCAACAUGACAUGGAAUGGUGCCAAAGGAUUUCAGGAUGCAACGGCACUUGAAUGGUAUGUUGGUGACACACAAGCUGGGUCGUUUCAGCAAGCAAGAAACUUGAGCCUCGUUACCGUCUAUGAAGGGAGCCAUAUGGUGUCGUAUGACAAACCACUUGAGACGCUGGAUAUGAUGAACCGUUUCAUGGGUGUGGGUGACAAUAAGGCGAACGGCGUGCCAACUCGCAUUGUUGGCGGUACUACACCACCAUCAACAUCCCCAGGCAAUAAUGAUGGGUCACCAAGUCAAGAAAGUGAUUGGUCGCAGUACUAUGGCAUGGGCACCUUGGCUCUUAUAGUUGUCAUUUGCUUUGCCGGUGUAUUAGGGUACUGCUGGUACAAGUCUCGAAAACCAGCUUUCCAAGGUUAUGGACCAACAGGAUCGCAUAUGGAUGGUGGCGAAGGAUUGGGAAUUAUUGGUCUUCAAAAGAAACGACAUGCCAAAUUGCGUAUUGAUGAUCAGGAUGAUACCAAUGAAUUGGAUGAACUGGUGAUCGAAACGCCUGGUACAUUGUUUACGGCGGAAGGAUAUUCCGAUGAUGACCGAGGACACCAUCAACGUGCAGCGACAGCCAUUGCUGGAAACACAAUCAGAAAGAAGCACAUCCCUGCUAGGUUUGCAAUCGAAGAUGACGACGACAAUGAAGUACCGAACAACACCUUCACACCACCACCAAUGAGAGAUACACAUGCUUAA